AUGACUAAUGCGACUACCACCUACCGAGAGACCGGAAAAAGACAACGGGGAGAUCGACCCGGCGUAUACUGGGAAGUAGACUUUACAGAGGUAAAGCCUGGCCGGUAUGGGAACAGGUAUCUGCUAGUAUUUGUAGAUACUUUCUCUGGAUGGGUAGAAGCUUUCCCUACCAAAACUGAAACGGCCCUGACUGUAUGUAAAAAGAUACUAGAAGAAAUCCUGCCCCGUUUCGGGAUCCCUAAGGUGAUCGGGUCAGAUAAUGGCCCAGCCUUUGUUGCUCAGGUAAGCCAGGGACUGGCCACACAACUGGGAAUAAAUUGGAAAUUACAUUGUGCGUAUAGGCCCCAGAGCUCAGGUCAAGUAGAGAGAAUGAAUAGAACCAUCAAAGAGACCUUAACUAAAUUGGCCUUAGAGACCGGUGGAAAAGACUGGGUGGCCCUCCUUCCCUUAGCGCUGUUCAGAGCCAGGAAUACCCCUGGCCAGCUUGGUCUGACCCCUUAUGAAAUCCUCCACGGGGGACCCCCCCCCAUACUUGAGUUGGGAGGAACACUGGGUCCCGAUGAUAACUUUCUUCCUGUCUUAUUUACUCACUUAAAGGCUUUAGAAGUUGUAAAAACCCAGAUCUGGGACCAGAUCAAGGAGGUAUACGAGCCAGGUGCCGUGGCCAUCCCUCAUCCGUUCCAGGUCGGAGACCAAGUGCUGGUCAGACGCCAUCGACCCAGCAACCUUGAGCCUCGGUGGAAAGGCCCGUAUCUGGUAUUGCUGACCACCCCGACCGCAGUAAAAGUUGAUGGCAUUGCAGCCUGGGUACAUGCUUCUCACCUCAAGCCUGCGCCACCCUCCGUACCAGAUGAAUCCUGGGAGCUGGAGAGGACUGAUAAUCCUCUUAAGUUGCGCAUUCGGCGGCGGCGGAGCAAGCCUACCAAGUGCAAGCUUCUUCAUGUGACACCUGAACUCCUGCAGCCAUCUUGUCACCGUGUGGAGAGCUAGUCUGCAACAAAAGCCCACAACACAAGGAAGACUGAGCAGAGAAUUACAGCUUGAACCCUGACCAUUCUGGGCCUGAGCCAUUCUAUCUCUGGACUUCUCGGAGUAUUGUCAACACAGAAGCAGAAGGAAUGACAGUAACAAACGAGAGGGGUUGGUGAAAAUUCUCUAGCAAGCAAGAGCCGAUGAAAGGAAGUUUACUCCCCCUGAUUAUUAACAAGGUGUGUAAAAUGCCACUGCUUCUUUACAUGAGUGUGUUGA